CGCCGAAAUCCGAAAUAUGUGACAGUUGACAGCUGACAGCUGACAGCAGCAGUGACUCGUGACAGCAAAGAUGCGUUAACCAAUAUCCGCUGUCAGUAAUGACGUAAACUAUAGAUUUUGGUUACUGACAGUGAAUAAAUAUUGAAACGCAACCCUGCUAGAAUUGUAUCUUGCGAAAUUGACGACGAACGUUUCCCGGAGCAGUUAAUUUCGAGUUUAUCAUCUUCUUGAAUCCAAAAUUUUCAAUUAUAACCGAUUUUUAAUUGCUAAUGUUUAGUUUUUUAUAUCGAUCGUUAUAAAUCUUCUGAUUAUUUACUUUCACAACACGCAAAUCGAAAGUUGAUUAUAACUGCGUAGGAGCUUUCUUGAAUAUAUUACUAGGUGAAUAAUUUGAUUAGCUCCGUUUAUUAGCUUCACAUUUCAGGAAAUUAACCCUGCAAUCCGUUUUCGUUCUCGACAUUUUUAUUAUGUGGUAUUUUUGAUUAUGUGGUCUUUAAAAAUUUGUUAAUUUGAAACUGAGGAUCGACUUUCAGUCACGCUUUUCGUCAAAGACGUGGCAGAGCUGUCAAUUUUUCUUUUUGCACGCAAUUUCAAUGAAUUUUUAAUAUCAAUGUUCCGUAUAAUACGUUGCAGCGUGUGCGGCGACGAUGAAAGGAAGGAAUAAGAAGGAAGAAAGGGGAUGCUUCCGGUUAAGCCGCGAGUCACCGACAAUGGAAGCGCCGUGAAUUGAUUGUCGUAAACCGAUGAAUAGAAAAAUUCGCGACGCAGAGAUUGCAGAGCGUCUAGGUCCGGUAUUCUCCAGGGAGAAAUUAUUUCCACCGAGAUAUCAGGAUAACGCAAUUGAGAAACGUGCAAUGGGAUAAACAAGAAGUUGCGAAAAUCCACAGAACUUCUCUUUCUUUUACCGAUCUUGUAAUAAAUUAUCUUGAUUGCGAGAAUGUAUAUGUAUGAGGGAAUAUCGAGGAUGAGCCAUGAUAUGAAUAGCCCGUGGAAUCUCUUUAAUUGGAUAAUCGAAUAAUCAAAACUCAAGUAGGGUAACGUUGAAUCGAGAGACAAAUGGGAGGGUAAUUGAUAAGUGGAUAAUUGAGAUUUAGAUGGGAAGAAGAGCGAGGAUUCAUGCUACCUCCAGCAAUCAGAUUCACAUGACCAACGGGUCAAUAUAAAAGGCACAUUGUAUCGAGCGGUAGAAUGCGAAGGAACCGCAAAAUCGGCAUCCAGUGAUCCGUUCAAGAAACGCUUUUGUAGACACAAAUCCGAUGGACAAGAAUUUUGCAUCUUCUACGUAGUGUCAUCACUACACGUUGAAUUAAUAAGCUUGAUUAAUAAUCGUAUCUACAGUAUUAAAAUUCUUAUAUUUCUACCGUGGCUCGCGUGGAAAAAUUGAAAGAUGACGAACAUAUAUCUUUGGAAUACAUUAUUGUGUACCUUCAUUGUGUAGCAUCAGCUUCGCAGCGAGAUCAAAUAAUCUUUCGCCCUAGAUACGCGACGUAUCCUCUGUAGAUCCUACCAGUUAUUUCGAAGAUCCCUCCGACAGACGAAGGGGAUGGAUCUAAGCCGGUACUAAGAAACCGAAAAGAUUUAUUACGCACGUAUGUGACGGAGAGGAGAAUUUAGUGUAGAUGCUGCUCUCUACCCCGUUUGGCAGGCGUUCGCCAGCACCCUUCUGCACCAAUACCCGAGUUUCCCCGAGUCGUCUUGCACAUCCGCGGAGGGGUGCGCGAGCAUGGGACAGGGAGCGGUGUCGUGAAGCGAGGCGGAAGGCGCGUGUCGUCCGCGCGCGCGUGGUCAACGGCGGCGCGACCCAGGGUGGCCGAGUGCCGGCGACGAUGGCGAGUUCGGGCUCGGCGGUCGACGGGGUCGGCGACGACGGCACGGCGGGCGGCGGGCCCAGGAACCCCCUCACCUGCGGUGUCUGCCACAAUUACUUCAACGAGCCCUGCCUGCUCUCCUGUUUCCACACCUUCUGUGCCCGUUGCUUACACGGCCCGCACAUUGACGGGACGAUCAAGUGUCCCCUCUGCGGGCAACAGACACAGUUGAAAGAUGGGGCGCAACUACCACCUCCCGAUCAGCUGAUACGCCAAUUAGUGGAAUUGGCAAAUUCUGAAAAUCCACCGUGUGCCAAUUGUGACAAGCGCGAUAAGUCCACUAUGUUUUUCUGUACAACAUGCGGACAAGCGCUUUGCACCCACUGUAGAGAACACACCCACCGCGCGAAGAUGUUCUCGACCCACGAGGUGGUGCACAUGAGCAAGUGCGCCAAAGACACCCAACGUCGUUGUCCGAGUCACGGCGAGCAGUAUAUAAUGUUCAGCCAGAGCGCCAAGUGUAUGCUGUGCACUACAUGCUUCCGCGACACGCCUCCGGACGCGCGGGUGCACUGCGUGGAUAUCGAGAGCGCCUGGCAGCAGGCCUCGAAGAAGAUGGAGCGCGCGGUCAACUCCAUCUGCGAGCUCCAGGCCGGCAUCAAGGACGGCGUAAUGGCCCUCAAGUCGCAGCUGGACGAGCUGCGGCACAGCCUCGAGUCCGAGAAACGCGCGUUGACCGCCUUUUGCCACGGUAUGCAGGAGGCGAUCACCAAGACACACGCGUACGUCCUCGCGGAGUUGCAGCGUCAAUUCGACAGCAAGGAGCGCAUGGUGCGCUCGCAGUUGCUUGCGCUGGGUGGCGCGCUACCCGUGCUGCAGAUGCACCUGAUGCUGUGUACCGCCUUCACCACCGGCGCGACCAAGUAUCAGUUCCUCGAGCUCGCGCACCCGAUGCUGGAACGACUGAGUCGCGUCGCCCAGCUGGGCCAUCCGUCGCGGCCGCCUCUACUCGCGGCACACAUCAAGACGACGUAUCGGGUUGACUUCGCGCGUGCCCUACAUCCCUACAUAGGUCAAGUGCAGACGCCCAAGGCCACCGCCGAGUCUCUGUACGAUCAGAUGGCCGGCGGCCAUACGAUAGGCCAGUCGGAACCGCAGGUGCUUCAGAGCAGCAAGACUGCUCAGAGGUUGCCGCCGAAGAGCGGAUCUGACGGCGGUCCGUUCUCCAAUCAUUGUCGGACCUUCGACACGCAACUGAAGGACCUGAGCCAGCAGUUGAUGACGGUGAGGGAACGGUUGGGCGAGUUGCAGAGGGACGUUUCCGUUUUGAAGAAAGCGAACACUCCGCCACUGGGUAUGCGUUACGACCAUGUGGCAAGGGAUUGCCGCUUACUCGAACAACAAUUGGAGCAUCAUCAGAUGGAACUGGAGCGACUGAGAAAUGUCUUUGACGCGUUGUGGGAAGAACAAAUGUGCAGGAUUCACAUAGAAAAGGAGAUUUUCCAUUCUCAGAUGAAUGACAUAUUAUCGCUGAGGAGCGAAGUGAAAAAGCUGCAAAUAUUCGCUCAGGAGCUGGAGCCCUUCGUCAAAUCAUUCUCGACAGGCAUCAGCGCUGGGGAAGUGAGCAUGGCCGCGGCAGAUGCGGCCAAUAGUCAACAUCUGCAAGCGUUGCUCGAUCAUCUGGCGCGCAUCCAGAUGCAGGAGCCGCCACCGCACCCACAAGCUCAAGCACCUACGAAGGAUCAUCGUCAUUUACGUAGCACUGCCACGAGUGCCGAUAACGCGCUGUACAUGAAGGAGACGAAGGAGAUCCCGACGCGAUGUCGCACGCCGUCCGGCGGUGUCGGCGCCGUUCUGGACUCGAGCGGCAACAUAGUCGUGUAUGGAACAGCCAAAUCGACCGAUCCGAAGCGGGGCGUACUCAGUCAAUUGAUCGAGAAGGCGAGAACGCAGAAGGACGAUCGCAAGAAAUCGCCAGGCAGAGAGGACGGCCGCGAUCGCAGUCAGAGCCGGCGUUCGCGUAAGUCGCCAGACAGCGCGAAGCCGAAGACCCCGCCCGGCAGUCACUCGUCCGGCAGUAAGAUGCGAUCGUUGUAUCGUUCCCUGAAAGGCGGCACCGGCGACACUUCCGCCGAGGCGCUCGAUCAGGCGGAAAGAUGCACCGACUCGCAGCAGCCGCAGUCUCAUAUCGCAGGCGACGAGGGCGAGUAUCAACGAAUCUCGGAGGCCUCGAGCAUGGGCGAUGCGAAGAAGCGUGUGCAGGCGCAAGUGCACGCGGUCCCGGCCGACGAUCAGAUACGAGCGAUCCCAAGCAGCAAAGUCGCCAAGAUCUACCCGGCCAGCGACUCCGAGGAGCUGUUCUAUGGUGACGGGAAGGCGGCGAGCGAUGCGAGGAGGCGACGGCGCGCCAGCUGCGACAGUCUGAGCACGACCGGAUCCGGUAACAGUAGGCGAUCGAGCAUCGCCGAUGGGACGGUAGGUCAACAAUCCAUCGCGCAGGACCCCCGGAAAACCCUGGUCGUUUUGAUCGAAUCGGCCUCACGGACGUCGUCGUCUCUCAUGCAGAAGCAGCGUUCCUGGGAGACCUUCCCGCGGCCCAAGAGCAAGCGCGGCGCCGGUGGCGAGGGCGCGGGGGCCUCGUCCCUCGGCCAGCUGAAGAAAGCGGACAGCUUUGAGGGUCACGAGGAGGCGGUGCGCACCUUGGUGGCGGCCGUACACGAGACGCGUUCUCAGCGACACCAUCAUUUACAUCAUCAUCGUCAUCAUCGUAAGAGCAAAACGAAUUGAGGCGCUUUUUGUCGCUCCUUUCGCAACCUCUCCUAGCGCGUAUACAUAUAAGACUUACGUGAGGAAAUAUUGUCCGCGAGAUAGAUAUAUCCGCGAGCCUAUUGCGUUACAGAUAGAAAAAGAAAAGAAAAAGGGAAAAGAAUGAUCAAAAGACUAAACGACCGUGCCCUAAGUGGCUUAAGUAUACACCGAUACACGUUAAUUUAUUAGCAACGGGAGCGUAUUGUUGUGAGAGCCGACAUUAUCGGUUUUUCGAAGAUUUUGGACAUUCUAUUAGUAUAAUAAUAAUAUAAUAAUAAUAAUGGAUAUAUAAAUAUAACGGUAAUGAGAAAAAGAUCUAUAUUCUGCGCGAUGUGAAAAUACAAAAGUUUUUAUUAUCGAGAAUGCACCUUCGACAGGUGCACUCGCUCGUCUUUAUAUUACUUUUCGAGAGAUUUCUUUGAGAUCCCGAUCAAACGCGUGGUAUGUUUGUAUUAUUCCGACGUUUUUUACAUUUACAUUGUGUCCCUCGUCGAAGUUGUAUCGCGUACGACAACGUAUAGCUCUCGCGAACCACCUUUUAUAUAGCGAUUUAAUUGCAUUCGAUAUGACGAAAGCGCCCAAGAUCGGUAUCGCUGCCACUGUAAAUCCCAGACGUUAAAAGAGGCGGAAGAGAAAGAGAGCGUCAUAUCCACUACUCGUGUUGGGUCUGUUUUCUAUUGCUGAACUGGUUUAUCUUUUUUACUCCACAUUAGAAGGAAAAAGAUAAACUCUGUGAACUAGUGCAGCCUGUUCAGCAAUAGAAAACAGACCCAUAUUGUUGACACGAUCUGCCUGGGGCAGUUGAUACAUGUAGAGCCUUGAUUAGGGAUAAAUAGCGGGAAGGUUCUUCGGACAAAAAUGCGCGUGUGCAAUGUACAAUAAUUGCAAAAGAACCGCGGUUGACGUUGCAAUCUAAACUAUAUACAGACAAAUGCCCAUUUCGUUCUGGGCGCACAUUAUCUCGAUUUCAUUAUUACAAAAGUCCUGUUCUCGCGUGUUCCCAUCUCUCCGUUAAAACAUGCGGAUUUAUUCACACGGUGCACGAGAUUCUUCCCUUGAACGUCAACAGGUCGGAUGCAUAGUCCAGUAAAGUACGUCGCGCAAUUCGAUCGGUCGAGUAAAAAGGUCGAGUAAUACUUUAGCUAGUAAACAACACUGCCAGUCGCGCAUAUUACGACGUUAAUCGACGAUACUCGAUUCGCGAAGAAUAGCCUACGUCGAGCGUUUAUUCGUAAUCUCGCCAGUCGCAUCAAUAAAAACCACCCGGUGUGAUCACGCGGGCUUACGCACGAUUAUCCACGUAUCGACUAUAAUGUAACGAUAAUAUUCCACGAUUACUGCAAACGGGGGGCGUAAGGAUAAAUCGGUAUUACGAGGAAUCGGCUCCUCCAUGUGAAAGUCAAUGCGAUCGUUAAUCGUUGUUUCGAAUUUAACUACGAGCGAAGAUUUGUAAUCUUCAGCAGGGUUACAAUGAACGUUCUAAUUAUAGCGAGUGUACACAUGUAAGCAUGUAUGAGAAAUGUCGACGUGCUGGUAUAGUAAAAUAUAUACAAGUUAAU